UUUUGGUACGUGACAGUUAAAAAAAUCAAUGAACACUAAUUUGGAAUGACGGAUUUUUUUUAAAAAACAUAAAAAGCCCAAAGUAAUAUCUAAAGAAUUGAUAAAAAUGCCUCUAAAAUCUUUAAAAUUAGUACUUAAGCGAAAGAUAAACAAGUUCAAGGGAACGAUUGGUGCUGGUAAUAUUGAGAUAGGACAUAUCGAUCGUAACAAUUUAUUGGAAGAUUUUAUUACUAAAAAAGAAAUCAAAUGUUAUGAAUAUACGGACUUCAGAGAAAUUCAAUCGAUAGAAAGAGGAAACGUUGUGCGUGCUAAGUUUGAAGGUGAAUUUUUUGCUUUGAAAUCUUUAAAUGAUGACGAUAUAACUAUUCGCAAAGUUAUUGAUGAGUUAAAAUUACUUUACAAUAUUGAUCAUGAAAAUAUUUUAAAGUUUAACGGUAUCUCAAGGAUAGAAGGAGAUAUACCUCAAAUAUCUCAAAAAAAUAAGUACCUUUUAGUUUUGGAAUAUGCUAAUAGUGGUACAUUAAGUACUUAUUUAGAUAAGCAUUUUUAUGAGCUUAAUUGGAAUGAUAAAUAUCGGUUAGCAUUUCAACUAGCAAGUGCCGUUUUAUAUUUACAUGAUAAUAAGAUUAUUCAUCAAGAACUGUAUGUCGAUAAUAUACUUGUACAUCAGAAAGUUAUUAAGCUGGCAAGUUUUGGUUUACCGUCAGUAACAUUUAAAGAGUCUAGUAAUGCAUUUUUAUUUGACAUCAUACCUUAUAUGGAUCCAAAAAGUUUCAAUACUAAAGAUUAUGAAUUAGGCAAUCAUUCUGAUGUGUAUAGUGUUGGUGUACUUUUAUGGCAGAUUUCAAGUGGAUGUCAACCAUUUCGUACUGGAGGGUAUAAUGCAAAUUUAGCAACAGCAAUAUUAAGUGGACAGAGAGAAGACAUUAUUGACAAAACUCCAUUGGAAUAUAGUAAAUUAUAUACAGGUAACAAAAUUUGUUCAAUGUCUAAUAAAGGUUCUACAAUCAUGUUUAUUGAUUAUUUUUAUAGAAUGUUGGAAACUUGAACCAGCUGAACGACCAAGUAUGCGAAAAGUUGUCACAACUCUUGAGACUCUUUUAAAUCAGCCCGAAAUCCUUGUUAUUAAAGAAGACAAUGAGAAAAUAAAAGAUAAUAAUGCGACUGAAGAUGAUAAUGAGGAAAUAAAAGAUAACGCAGCCGAAUGGGUUAAAAAUAUCUUGAAAAAUAAAGAAGUUCAGUUCAUUCCAUUUAAUGAUUUAAA